CUGCAGGACAGCAGCAAACGAUGGGCUUGAUGCUAAAAUGAUGUGGAUGCCCCCCAUCCUCGAACUAUGUCGAUCAGAAGCUACCCUUCAACCGAUAUAUACCAGAAAGGAAAGAAAAGGGACUCUUGAAGAGAUGGAGAUGAGUAUGCGAAUCUUGGAACAAUCCACAUUACCAGUUUUAUUACAUCGAGAAAAGCGAUGGAUCGUAUUACGACGAUUUAUUUACCAUCAAAUCUCUACAAUAGCGAUUCUUGUUUCAAGUUUUCAUUUAUUUCUAACCACUGGCCGGUCGGUGGUUCAUUUAUAAUUCCUCGAGACCCUGACAUGGAUGGGGAUGGGUCUUCCGAGAAAGUGGAGUUUGGUAUGCGAAAGCUAGGCGCUCACGGCUCACUCCUGAUAAUAACCUCAUUCCGAAACGCCAUCAUUUUAAGCGGUAUAAUCUACGGAUUACUCGAUCUAAAUAUGCCUAUCGCAACAAGGGCGUAUCUAAUGUUCAUCCUUAUAAGAGCAUGGUAUAUGCGCGCGAAGCUUGAGGUUGGGUAUCUCCUACAUUGGCUCGAAGCCUCGAAUUUGAUUUACAACGUUCAAGAAAUGCGCUUUGGUAUAAUCUUGAAUUCGGUGCUACUAAUAUUCAUAGCUUCCUACUCUUCUCCUUUUUAGUCUGAAUAUUAGAUGCGAACUAACCAACUUCCGUGGGUUUUUUAUGAUUUCGCAACAGCCAAUUUGCGAUCCGCCCGACAACGCUCAUUAGAACCGCGCAAAUCGUUCGACUAAGUCGCGGGCGCUAUAUUCUAGACUCGUCUAGUUACUACCUUCCUAAGCUAUUCCGAUACGUAAUUACAGCGCUAGAGUCGAUAAAUUCGGAGCGACAGGCGUUUACCCAUUAAUCCAGGGACCAGCACGUUUAAUCGUUC